CUGCCGCCAUGAAACCAACGAAGAAGAAGCUUGUUGGACUGUCUAUAUUAGCUUUGCUAUUCUCUUGAGCUACUGACAGCAUUAUUUUUAGUUUAAUAGCUUAAAAAACUGCCAUCUGAUUAAAACUGUGGCAAAGAAAGGGCGUUUUGUUUCAGUUGGUGUAUUGGAAUUACCAAAUAAAACACAACAUAAUCAAAAGCGAGGGAGAAGACUGCGUUACCUUUCUGUAACGGUAACGCAGAUUAAGCUAAUCAGCUAGCAACAGUUUGCCCUAUUCUCUCAGGAUGUCGUACAGGAAGACUUUAAAACUUGUGUGCGGGCUGGCUGGAGGAUCUGCCGUCUUGGUGUUCGCUGCAGCCGCCACAGACUCCCGGGGAUUGUUCGGUGAUCUCCGGGGAGGAGAGGCGGGUCGCUGGUCCAGACUGUCCGUCCUGAGAGCUGCGCAGCCGGCGUGGACUCCUGCCAACCACACGCCGAGCCCCACCGGACACUCCUGGGACUUUAACUGGGAUAAGAGAGACCCGUCUGCACUGACCAAUGGGAAGAAGAAGGAGAGCUCCACUGAAGACCCCAGCUCCGAGCAGGACAACGGGAAACCCAAAGCCACGAGGAACAUCCUCCUCAUCCGACACUCGCAGUACAACCUGAGCGGCCUCAGCGACAAGGAGAGGAUCCUCACUCCUUUAGGUGCUCGCUCUUCACCUUUUGGAUAAGAUAAUAACACGUUUAUUUAUUAUAGCACAUUUCACAGAAAUAGAAUUCACAAGAAAGAACGAAAGUUCAAAUGAAGACCACAGAAACAUGAAUACAAUAACCACGAGGCAUACAUUUAAGGUCCACAUAAAACCAAAACACGGACCACGUGGAGUCCUGAAAGGAACCAACAUGAGAACAGAACACAUCACACACAUAACAGAUAGAAAUAAAAGCCAAUGUAGGCUGUGGCUCAGUGGGUAGUGCGCUGAACUUGGAAUCAGGGGGAUAGCAAGUUGGAGUCCGGCUGCAGUCAGCAUGUCGUUGUGUCCCUGAGACACUUCACCCCAAAUCGCUCCUGUGGGGAUUGUCCACAGUACUGAAUGUAUGGAAGUCGCUUUGGAUAAAAGAUUCUAACAAGUGACAUGUCAUGUCAUGUAAUGUAAUGUAAUGUAUAGGUCUUCAGUCGUCAGUAGAAAAGAUAAGAAUUACUUUAUUCAUCCCGAAUUGGGACAUUUUCUCAUCACAAGACAAGGCAUUGUGAAUAAGAGAAAUAAACAAUCCAAAAUGUAAA